AACUAAUCAGUGCAUGCUGAAUAACUUAUAAUAAGGGGAUUCUCAGAAAUAUGACUUAAUAGUUUACAAAAGCAAAAUGAAUAUUAUUAAGCUAAAUUAACAAGGAAUAGAAAAGCAUUUGGGACUUAAUCACAAAGGAUAAAGUAACAGAAAUGAUGAUACCUGAUUAAAUGAAUACAUUUUUACUUAAUGAGUUAAUAGUUCAAUCUCCUCUGGCUUUUGGUCUUCUCACCAGAAAGGGUGCAGUGCUUUGAUCUCCUCUUCAGAGGGGGCACAGUCCUUAUUGUUUGGUCUCGGCUUUGGUACUGAUGUUGGGGGUGUUGUUAUCUUCAAUGAUGAUGACUGCGAAGCGAGGGAAGAGGCGAGGUCCCCGGGCGUAGGGCUUGGAGCGGGGCCGGGGCCGGGGCCGGGGCCGGGGCCGGGGGCGAGGCCGGCAGCGCCACAGCAGGGUCUGGCCUCUUCGCGGGGCCGAGCAGCCCGCCGCUCCUUCACUGCCACGCGGGCCCGGAGGGGGCCAGCUGCGGCAGGAAGUGGUGGGGGAAGGGGAGGAUCGGGACCGGAAAAGAAGGACUUCGGCAGGAAAAACGGGAAUCUUAAACUGCGUGGUUCAGAAAGAGCUAAGUUAUUGCUCAUAGAGUCAAGAAAAAAAAAAAAAAGAGAGCAAACCAAGCACCUGUUAAAGGACAAUCUGUGAGUUUCUCCUUCUACACAGCAUUUCACACUGUGACAGAGCCUGUGUGUGUGAGAGAGAAGAAGAAUGGAGAAGUCCAGGAAAACAUUUGUUGGUUUCAUAGAUAAGGCACUAGCAACUGCCAGCACAAUGCGUCGUGAUGAACUGCUUUUUUCUUACAAAGGAAUUCUCUACCCUAGAACAUUUUACAGUCCUGAAACAUUUAAAGCCUUGGAAUCCUUUGAAGCCAGAAAUGAUGAUGUAAUUUUGGCAGCAUACCCUAAAUCCGGCACAAACUGGCUAAGUCAAAUCUUAACUGACCUCAUAGCCAUAUGUCAAAAGAAAACGCCAGGUAGUGAAAGCAGUGUGAAUGCUGAAGAACCAGAAGAAUUCCCCUACCUCGAAGCUGGAGAUGCUGAGAAAUUUGAGCGAAUGACCAAAUUACCUUCUCCAAGAUUUAUGGUUACUAAUCUCCACCCUGAAAAUCUUCCACAAUCUAUCUUCAAAAAUAACAUAAAGAUAUUGUUACUGAUUCGUAAUCCAAAAGAUGUAGCUACAUCUUAUUACCAUUUUUCCAAUGGCGUGACUACUGUUCCCUCCUAUGAGACCUGGGAUGAUUUCUUCACAGAUUUCAUGGCAAAGAAAACGGCCUGGGGAUGCUACCUUGAAUACCUUUCUGAAUGGAACAAAUAUUCUGACAAAGAAAAUAUCAUGACAAUAACUUAUGAAGAGAUAAAAGAGAAUCCUGCCCUGAGUGUGAAAAACAUAGCUACAUUCUUUGGAAUUGCUCUGACUGAGGAAGAGCUCCAGCUGGUGGUAGAGAGGAGCAGCUUCCAGUCUAUGAAGAAAAACUCAGACAAGACCCAUGGGUCAUUUGGCAAGGUUCUCUUUCGCAAAGGUGGUGUAAGUGACUGGAAGAAUCUUUUCAGUGAAGAUCAGAAUGAGAAAAUGGACAAAGCAUUUGAAGAACAUAUAGCAGGAACGACACUCGGGAAAAAGUUGAAAUAUGACUUAUACUGCAAAGUCUGAAGAGAAAUGAAACGUGGUUAGGACAAGAAUUUUGCCAGGCAGACUAAGAUCAUCUGAAUGCUAUACACUGGAAAACUAGAUCAAAUGAUCCAAGCACCUUACAUCUUACUGUAAGAGUCAUUGCAGCAGCCUUUACAGUUACCCUGAUGAGUAGUGGCCUUUUGUUUACUGGUGAGAACUUUGGCUACACUCAUUUGCUGAAGAUGUCAACUAAUCAUAUGUAGAAAAACUCAACAACCUUGUUCCAGCUCUUCUAGAUUAUUUUUAAUUUUUUAGUAUGCAGAUUAUUUUUUCUUCAAAAAUAUUUGAAAUCUGGCAACAUCUUUACAGAAAAUAUCACUAGCAAAAAUAGGGAUAUGACAGAAGCCUAAUGUCAAAGGAGAUCUUUCAUCAAUUCAGUACAAACUAGAUCAGAGCUAGAGAAAGGAGAAAGAAGGAGAAUAUGGAUCAGUGUUCUUAAGGCCCUUCAUCUCUCUGAAUGCAAAAUAUCAAAAUGGAUUUCAGAUUUGUCAUGGUUUGAGUCUGGCACAAUGCCAGUGCCCCCAUGGAAAUAUACUUUCCCUAGUGGCUUCUGUGAGAUGUGAUCAGGAACAGAGCAAAGCAGGCUCCAACUUAGGAGUAAAGGAAACAAACUUUAUUGAUUACAAUAUCUAAAAAGGAACAGACACAGAACUAAGAAUGAAAACCCUCCAAAUACAUUCCUCCUCCUCCUCCUCCCCCCAUUUCCUCCACAGCAUGAAAUAACAUCUUAGAUUUCCACUCCGUCACCAUCUCUCAGAUAAUCAGUUUUCAGUCUAUCACCACCCCUCAAAUAAUCAACCCUCAAGUCCAUCAGGGAGAGAGGAGUUUUCCCUUGCACCAUAGGCUUCCCCCAGAAACACAAUUGAAACCUCUUGUGUUUCCAUGCCACUUGUGGCACCGCCCGGAGAACAUCUACCCUCGUGACUACUUCCUUCCAUGUCCAGUGCUCUCACCACUGCACAUGGACCAGGACUGCUUUUAGCGUUCCCCUUUUAAGGAUGCCCCGCCCAGUUCCAAAAGCAGCAGUCUCUCAGCUUUGGGACACCAGUCCCCCCCAAAUUUACCCCCUGGGGCCGAGGGGCCUCGUGAACAGAGAUCUUCAUCUCCACUGAAGACACAGGGCAUCCCACACCCUCCUCAGCUGUCUCUGUUCACGCCACUGCUUCACCAUGCUCUCUUUGGCCUCAAGGCAUUGCGUCUCCCUAAAUGCAGUCUCUGGGUCACAGGAAAAACAUGGGUCUGUCCAUGGCCAUACAAGAAAAGAGUCCAGCCCAAGGCCACUCCAUCUCCUAACCUAGGAUUCUUCUCACAUCUUCUGACAUUCCUGACAUGCACCAACUUCCGUCACACUUGCUCAUUUCCUCCUGCUUCAUCUCUCUCUCCUCUUUCAGAUUCAGGAGGAUCAGUAUUUGUAAGGUUUACAUUAUUCUAGAAAGGGGUUAAAAUCUUCAUCUCUGUCUGUCCAGAACUCCCACGGCUGCCGGGCACCUUCUCGCGCCGCAUCCUGCACUUCUUCUGGCUGGCUAUGCUGCCAGCAUGAUAUCACAUUCCAAGG